GCCAUGGAAGAUCUGGCAAGGGUGAAGAAACGGGGAACUUCAGACUUAGGAGGGUCUGAAGACCAACCCCAAGAGGAUUCCUGCUCAGACCCUGUGGAUGGUGACCCUGACUCCAAGCCAGAUACAGACAAUCCCCACAUCUUUUCCACAACAAAGAACCAGAGCCAGCUUUUUGGGAAAUGUGACUGGGAGGGGACUUCUCCCCUAGAUGAUUCACAUGAAGGAGGCAAAAUGGCCUGCCCGUCCAUCAGAAUCAGUCCUGCUAUCAUCAUCCAGAGGUCUGUAGAUGGCCCAACUUACUCCAGGUUGCUGCCCCAGAAUUCAGUCCAUGCAGGGAACAAGAAGAACCUCCAGCUCUAUGAUCGCAGGAAGAUCUUUGAAGCUGUGGCUCAGAAUAACUGUGAAGAGCUGGAGAAUCUGCUGCUCUUCCUGCAGAGGAGCAAGAAGCAUCUCAUGGACAGCGAGUUCAAAGACCCGGAGACAGGCAAGACUUGUCUGCUGAAAGCCAUGCUGAAUCUGCAUGAUGGGCAGAACGACACCAUCCCUCUGCUCCUGGAGAUUGCACGGAAGACCAAUAGCCUGAAGGAGUUUGUCAAUGCCAGCUACACGGACAAUUAUUAUAGGGGCCAGACAGCGCUGCACAUUGCCAUUGAACGGCGGAACAUGGCUCUGGUGAAGCUCCUGGUGGAGAAUGGGGCAGAUGUCCAGGCUGCAGCUAACGGCGACUUCUUUAAGCAAAGCAAAGGGCGGCCUGGCUUCUAUUUUGGUGAACUGCCGCUCUCCCUGGCUGCAUGCACCAACCAGCUGGGCAUCGUGAAGUUCCUGCUGCAGAACUCCUGGCAGCGGGCAGACAUCAGCGCCAAGGACUCUGUGGGCAACACGGUGCUGCACGCGCUGGUGGAGGUGGCUGACAACACGGCCGACAACACCAAGUUUGUGACAAGCAUGUACAAUGAGAUUUUGAUUCUGGGAGCCAAACUCCACCCCACACUGAAGUUGGAGGAGCUCACUAACAAGAAAGGGCUGACGCCACUGUCAUUGGCCGCCAGGAGUGGGAAGAUCGGGGUCUUGGCCUACAUUCUGCAGAGGGAGAUCCGGGAACCUGACUGCAGACACCUGUCCAGGAAGUUUACUGAGUGGGCCUAUGGGCCUGUACAUUCUUCGCUCUACGACCUGUCCUGUAUUGACACUUGUGAGAACAACUCUGUGUUGGAGGUGAUUGCUUACAGCAGCAGCGACACACCCAAUCGCCAUGACAUGCUCUUGGUGGAGCCACUGAACCGACUCCUGCAAGACAAAUGGGACAGAUUUGUCAAGCGCAUCUUCUACUUCAACUUUUUUGUCUACUGCUUGUACAUGAUCAUCUUCACUAUGGCUGCCUACUACAGGCCUGUGGAUGGCUUGCCUCCUUUUGAGCUGAAAAACACAGUCAAAGACUAUUUCCGAGUCACUGGAGAGAUUCUUUCGGUAUUAGGGGGAGUCUACUUUUUUUUCCGAGGGAUUCAGUAUUUUCUGCAGAGGCGGCCGUCACUGAAGACCUUGUUUGUGGACAGCUACAGUGAGAUGCUUUUCUUUGUGCAGUCACUCUUCAUGCUGGGAACUGUGGUGCUGUACUUCAGUCACUGCAAAGAGUAUGUAGCCUCCAUGGUGUUCUCCCUGGCCAUGGGUUGGACCAACAUGCUCUACUACACCCGUGGUUUCCAGCAGAUGGGCAUCUAUGCUGUCAUGAUUGAGAAGAUGAUCCUGAGGGACCUGUGUCGAUUCAUGUUUGUCUACCUCGUUUUCUUGUUUGGGUUUUCCACAGCUGUGGUGACGCUGAUUGAGGAUGGGAGGAACUCCUCGGCUUUGACAGACACUUCAUCACACAGAGUUCGAGGGCCUGGGUGUCGGACUACUGAUAGCAACUACAAUAGCUUGUACUUCACGUGCCUGGAGCUCUUCAAGUUCACCAUCGGCAUGGGGGACCUGGAAUUCACCGAGAAUUAUGACUUCAAGGCUGUCUUCAUCAUCUUGCUCCUGGCUUACGUGAUCCUCACCUACAUCCUCCUGCUCAAUAUGCUCAUCGCCCUCAUGGGCGAGACUGUCAACAAGAUUGCGCAGGAGAGCAAGAACAUUUGGAAGCUGCAGAGAGCCAUCACCAUUCUGGACACAGAGAAGAGCUUUUUUAAGAGCAUGAGACGGGCCUUCCGCUCAGGCAAGCUGUUGCAGGUGGGGUACACACCCGAUGGCAAGGACGACUACAGGUGGUGUUUCAGGGUGGAUGAGGUGAACUGGACCACCUGGAACAACAAUGUGGGCAUCAUCAACGAAGACCCGGGCAACUGUGAGGGUGUCAAGCGAACCCUGAGCUUCUCCCUGCGAUCAGGCAGAGUUUCAGGGAGAAAUUGGAAGAACUUUGCCCUGGUUCCCCUUUUAAGAGAUACAAGUACCCGAGAAAGGCACCCUGGUCAACCUGAGGAAGUUCACCUGAGGCACUUUUCAGCAUCCCUCAAGCCAGAAGAUGCUGAGAUCUUCAAGGACCCUUCUGCUCUAGAGGAGAAGUGA